CGGAGACCGGACUGAAACCGCUCAGGGUGGAAUAGCUCCGCCGUCGCCAGGCAACCGCCCUGACGCAACGCAAAAAAAAAAAAAAAAAAAAAAAAAAGUCCCUUAAAAAAAAGAAUAGUGCUGAGAAUUCACGGGAGCAGAGAGAAAGGGAGGCAGAAGCCAGCUCAGCCCCGAGGCUGGAGCCAGAGGCUGCGGCGCCAGAAGCCCACGUCCCGAGAAGAAGGCUGGGAGCUAGGGGACUCCCUUGGAAAGGGCCUUGGAGCGCCCCGGAAGGUAUGGACAGAAACUCUCAAUGAUAAGUGAGUGGAGGUACAACCAUUAGAACAGGACACCGGAAACCGAGCUUCACGGAGAGACCCCCCCCGGGGGAGUGUGGGGCCUCCAACCAGCCAGCCAGCAGCUUCGCACCGCCUGCCCUGGCCCGUGAGGAGGGAGCUCAGUCCUGCCUCCCCGCCAGCUCCCCGCCAGUCUCAGAUCUGUCUGCACCUCCAGGACUGAUAGAUCUUCUUGGCAAAUCUGCCCCCAAAGAUUCCUGCUGACACUUGUCUAUUCCUGCCUUUUGUGAAACAUGGCAUCCGCAGGACUCCAGGAAGAAUCUUAAAUCCUGACCCUCCACAGCUGCUCCGGAGGGCACCCCGUGUGGCUCAUCCACGGCGGGCCCCUGUCAGCUCCGGGAGCUGCUCACAUCCCAGCAAUGCGCUCAGGAGCCCUGACCCCAACCGGAUGAGAGCAGUCCUGAGUGGGACCCAACCUUGCCACCCACCAAGAGUCCCACACCACCUCCCGCUGCCUCCCAUGUCUGGCCGCCCCAGCAGACUCUAGAAUGUCUGUGCCUCAGAUCCAAGUAGAAGAAGUGGUAGGUGGGGAAGAAGAGCCGGCAGGAGCGGCCCUGCCUCCGGAUGACCACCUCCGGAGCCUGAAGGCCCUCACUGAGAAACUGAGGCUGGAGACCCGGAGGCCCUCCUACUUGGAAUGGCAGGCCAGGCUGGAAGAGCAGACAUGGCCCUUCCCGAGGCCCCCUGCUGAGCAGGGGGAGUGUGGGGAGGAGGACCCCUCAUCCCCGAGGAGAGAGCCCAGGCGGCAUUCCCCACCUAACGGGAGUGGCCCCCAGGACGCUGGGCCCCAGCCCACCGGCAAGCUGGAAGGCUUUGAAAGUAUCGACGAGGCUAUAGCCUGGCUCAGGAAGGAGCUGAUGGAGAUGCGGCUACAGGACCAGCAGCUGGCCAGACAGCUCAUGCGCCUGCGCAGUGACAUCAGCAAGCUGAAGAUCGAGCAGACCUGUGACCUGCAUAGGAGAAUGCUCAAUGACGCCACCUACGAGCUGGAGGAACGGGACGAGCUGUCUGAUCUCUUCUGUGACUCUCCGCUGGCCUCCUCCUUCAGUCUCUCCACCCCACUCAAGCUCAUUGGAGUCACCAAGAUGAAUAUCAACUCCAGGAGGUUCUCUCUGUGCUGAGAAGCCCUAGAAGGGGUCCGAGGAGCCAGAACAGAAUGUUUGGGAGGCGGGGAGGGGAGGCGGGGAGGGCAUGGAGGUUGUAUCACCUUGAGUGAGUCUCCCCAGGGGCAGGGCUUCCCUGUGGCUUCCCCGUGUGGGCCCUCAGACCCAUGGCAGGUGCUCUGUCAGGGGGCCCCGGCUGUGGAGCCCCACAACCCCUUGACUGUCCGUGACCCAAAGUGUUCUGCAGAAGGGCUGCUCCAUCUAGGUGUUCAGUGAGACCUGGAUCCUAGCAUGACUCAUCUCCAUCCUCCCCUCACUGACCCGCAUUCCGUUUCCUCAGAAUCACUGGUGCUAUGAUCUGAGAUCCCAAAGGGGGGCCACCAAAUGCUAUGGUUCUUGCAGAAAACUUUCCCAAGGGCACUGAGCCCCCAGGGAGGAGGUGACUAGGUACCUCAGAUGAGCCCAUCUGCUGUUGUUGUCCUCUAAGUACUGGCUCAGAUUCACCAUAGACAGGUGACUCAGCAGCCCUGACAGGGACCCAGGAGGAAAGGAAAACCAGAAGGAGCGACAAACCAGAAGCUUGGGAACACAGGCCCCAUAACCAUCGCCAGCUUCUCUGCUGAGCGGCUGUCCAGGCUCCUGUCAGUCUUAGACCUUGGCACAACCACGGCUGUGUCAAUUGUUUCUAGUGCGUGCCAGGAUACACGGGGGCCACAGGGGUGGAGCAAACACGGAUGUCCUUUCUGCUGCCUUCCCUGGCCGCACACACCAAUCCCAAUCUCCAAAGCGCCCCUUUGCCGCCACCCUGCUCCUCCAGGGGAGUGCCCGAGUGAACUAGGUAAGUCUGUCAGUGGAUUUCCCAGCACCAAAUUCUCCUGGUGGCAUCACCUUUGUCCCCUUUCUGCCCUCCCCAGAACGACUUGAAGAAGUUCAGGAGCUCACCCUGAGCCUCCUCUGACAUUCUGUGCCUGAUUUAAACCACUAAUUUCAAUUGAAUCAGACUGUUACUAAUCUGUUGCUAACGUGUUCAGAGCUGUUUGAUUUUUGUCCACAUGGUGAUGCCAGUUGGGUAGGUCAAGUGCAUUAGUUCAGGAUUUGACUUGAAAAGUUCUCCCUGAUGACAAGCAUGAGGAUGAGCAAGGCGAAGACCAAGGCCUCAACAGGGAGGAAAGUUAGCCUCAUAGAACGCCACCUGGUGCAGGUUCUCCUGCCAGCGGGGGGUGGCUUUUGACGUCCCCUAGUUCAAGCCUCCUUGUGCAUAAAGGAGUAAAGUGAAGCCAGGGAAAGAGGAUGACUUCCCUCAGAUUAUGCGGCUCCGUAGUGGCUACAGACGGCCAACAGGUUAAAUCAUUAUUGAGAAUGU